AUGGCAAUAAUUGGCACUAAUUCAAAAUUAGUGCCUUUCAUUAUAUCUAUUUAUUUAUUUUCUUGUUUUUACUUCCACAGACAUCCUGAGCCUGAUAUAAACCACUAUCCAAGACAAGCAGGCAAGCCUCCAGAUCCAGGGCCAUCCACUUUAAGUAAAAGUAGAACAGUAGAUGUAUUGAAAACAGAGCAACGGUUACCUGGAAGGAGCCCUUCUUCUACUAGUCUGAGGGAAUCAAAAUCCAGGACUGAUUUUAAAGAAGACCAGAAACCAAGUAUGAUGCCCAGCUUUCUCUCAGAGGCCAAUCCAUUAAGUGCAGUCACAUCGGUUGUAAACAAGUUCAAUCCUUUUGAUUUGAUAUCAGAGUCAGAUGCAGCACAGGAAGAAGCCAACAGGAAACAAAAAGUUUUUCAGAAAGACCAAGGGAAGCUUGAGGAGCAAAAGGGACCUGCAAAACAUCUCGCUCAGCAACAACCUCCAAAGCCAGUGGUUCAGGCACAUGGGCCUGUCAAACCAAUACCCCAGCAAGUAGGGCCUUCCAAACCAGCACCUCAACAGCAGCAACCUGGGGCAGUUAAGCAAGCUCAAAAACCAGGGCCUGUUCAACCAGCAGGCCGUCAGUCAGAAGAAGCAAAACCUCCAUCUCAACUGCGAGGCCCACCAAAAUCUCAGACCCAGCAAUCGGAACCCAUGCUGCCAGCUUCUCAACAGCAGAGCCCUGCAAAACCUGCACCGCAGCAACUGGGCACAACCAAACCAUUACCACAGCAAUCAGAUGCUGCUAGAGUGUCAUCCCAGGUACCUGCUCCCACAAAGCCAUUGUCACAGCAGCCAGGACCUGGAAAGCAAGCAUUUCAGCCACCAGGACAGCAAACAGGUGCUGCAAAGCCAUCCCCUCACCAAACAGAGCCUGCUAAACAACCAUCUCAGCAACCUGCACCUGCAAAGCCAUCUCCUCAGGCGACAGGACCUACAAAACAACCCUUGCAGCAGCCUGGAUCUGGGAAGUCAUUUCCUCAGCAAACAGAACCUAAGAAACAACCACCACAGCAGAUGGGACCUUCAAAGCCACCAUCGCAACAGCCAGGAAAGGCACCGUUACAGCAACUUGGACCUACAAGACCACCAGGCCAGCAGCCAGGGCCUGCAAAACCUUUGCCACAAAAACAAGCAACUGCAGCCCAGCCUGCUGAAUCUGCCCCAAAGAAAAGCUUCUGUCCUCUUUGCACUACUACUGAACUGCUGCUGCACAUUCCAGAGAAAGCCAAUUACAACACGUGCACACAGUGUCAAACCGUAGUCUGCAGCCUGUGUGGCUUUAAUCCCAACCCACAUAUAACAGAGAUAAAGGAGUGGCUCUGUUUGAACUGCCAGAUGCAAAGAGCACGAGGUGGUGACUUGGCUCCAGUUCAUGGUCCUGGACCACAGCCUCUUCCACCCAAACAGAAACCUUUCCUUCCGCCUUCAGUGACUAAAUCACCCGCCCAACCCCAACAGCCUGUUCAAAAGAAAGAUGUUCCUCAAAAACCUGACCCUUCCCAGCCACUGGAAUCCAAAAAAGCCCCUCCAUUGACAAAGCAACCAUCAAUGUCUGGCUCUCCCCCUGUAAAAUCAAAACAUCCCCUCACUGAGCCUGUUAUUCCACAGACCUCUAAGCAAAUGGAACUGCCAACAAAAACUGACCAGGCCAAGCCAACUUUAUUUCAAGAUAAGCAAAAGCAACCAAGUAUACAAAAGCCUACACCUGACACUGUGACUACCUCUUCAGUACCCAGUCCAAAACAGGAUUCAGCAGGUCCCAAACCUCCACCGACCCAACAGAAAGCAGUGGAUCUUCAGAGAUCGGAAACUUCCAAGUCCUUGCAAGAAACGUAUCUGGCUGGGGAGAAACCUCUGCUGCCAGAUUCCAGAAGCCUACCCCAAGUGUCUCAGCAAAAAUGGGAUCCCAAACUUGUUUCUCAGCCUGGGCCUGGAUCAGAUGUUAAAGGUCAAAAACCUGUUGGGCCGCCAACACAGGUGAAAGAAGACCCUAAGAAGGUACAAACAAAAGCUACCCCAAAGAUGGAUGCUAAGCAGGUUCUAAAAGGUCCGCAAGCAGCUGUAGGCCCCAGGCCUACUCCAGGGCAGCCACCACCCCCACCCCAACAGCCUCAGAAAGCUCAAGAGCAAACAAGGCGUUUCAGUCUUAAUUUGGGAGGAAUUACUGAUUCUCCCAAACCUCAACCUACAACUCCACAGGAAACAGUUACUGGAAAACUCUUUGGCUUUGGUGCUUCAAUCUUCAGUCAGGCAUCAAAUUUGAUCUCCACAGCAGGUCAGCCAGGAGCUCAGUCAUCAGGACCUUCACCAGGGCCUGCUGCUAAGCAGCCCCCACCUCCCUCACAGCCCCCUGCCUCUCAAGUACCAUCCAAGGAGUCCAGUCAGGCUCAGCCAUCUCCAAAAGCAGGACCUGUAAAAAAAGAUGCCAAGCCUCCUGUGAUAGAAAAACCAGAGCUACCCAAAGCUGAUAACAUUUUAACCAUGAAAGAAUCUGAGUUAGAAAAGAAACUGACUGUGGCUAAAGACAGCAAGCCUCCAGUUGCUGAAUCCAAAAAACCGUCUGGGCCACCCGAACCACAAAAAACUACGCAGUCUAAAUCAACUUGUCCUCUUUGUAAAACUGAACUAAAUGUUGGUUCUAAGGAUCCACCCAACUUUAACACAUGUACAGGAUGCAAGAGCAUUGUGUGCAAUCUCUGUGGAUUUAAUCCUACGCCACACAUAGCUGAGGUGCAAGAAUGGCUCUGCCUAAACUGCCAGACACAAAGAGCAAUAUCAGGACAACUUGGUGACAUGGGCAAAAUGUUGCCUCGUAUGCCAGUCCCUUCACAGUCAGUAUCCAAACCAUUUGUUCCCCAGAGCCAGCCUAUGCCUACUGAGCCACAUCACCCUCAGAAGACUUCAACACUGCCUGUCCAAACCAUGGAAAAAUCAAAAGAAGAACCAGCAGUUCCAAAGGAUAUUCCAAAGGUUCGGCAGCCAAAACUUACCAAGACACCCUCAGUUGAGAAAACUCAGGGGAUUCAAAAGGAAGAUCCAAAACUUCAGCAGAGGAGACUGUCAAAAACAUCCUCAAUCGAUAAAACUCAGGGGAUUCAAAAGGAAGACCCAAAGCUUCAACAGGUGAAAUUGGCAAAGGCACUUUCAGCUGAUAAAAUUCAACCUGGAAUCCGGAAAGAAGAUCCAAAACUUCAGGGAAAACUGACAAAGACCAUUUCAGCUGAUAAAAUCCAACAAGGAAUUUGGAAGGAAGAUACAAAACUCCAGCAGGAGAAACUGGUCAAGAUACCACCAGCUGAUAAAAUCCAACCAGGAAUUUUGAAGAAAGAUCCAAAGCUUGAGCAGGAGAAACUGGUCAAGGCAUCAUCAGCUGAUAAAAUCCAACUGGGAACUGAGAAGGAAGAUCCAAAACCGCAAAAAGGAAAACUGGCAAAGACAUCUUCAGUGGAUAAAAUUCAUCCAAAGAUAAGUUCAGAUCAAAAGCAACCCCUCAGCAAAUUGAUAGAUGAUAAGAAAUCUGUAUUACCAGAAAAGAAAGCAUCUCUUCCAGAGGACAGGAAAGAGCAGUUCCUAGUUGAAACUAAAGAAAAAAUUAUUGAAGAGAAAUUAGAAAUCAAAGGCCCUCCUAAAGAAUUUCAUGCUCAAAAACAGGAAGAAGUUAAGAAAGAGGAUUUGAUACCUGGGCUUCCACAAAUAGUCUCCAAACUGGACAAAAAUAAGGAAGAAGACACUUCAGCUCAAGUUGCACCUGUGCCAAGACUGAACCUUGCAGAAACAGUGAAAGAAAAAACAGAAAAGGAGGAUGACAAAUCAGAAACAUCCAGUGCUCAGCAACAGAAAAGUCCGCAAGGUCUGAGUGAUACCGGGUAUUCUUCUGAUGGGAUAUCAAGUUCACUUGGUGAAAUUCCAAGUCUUAUCCCCAGUGAUGAAAAGGAUCUACUCAAAGAACCUUCUAAAAAAGAUACUUUUCCACAAGAAAGUCCUCCAAGCCCCUCCGAUCUAGCCAAAUUGGAAAGUACUGUCCUGUCCAUUUUGGAAGCCCAGGCAAGUACACUUUCUGAGGAAAAAUCUGGAAAAACAGAAGACCUUUACGAGCUAUAUGGUGAACAGACAAAGGAUCAAUAUAAAACAAAGCCUUUGCCAAUCACACCAGAAUCUUACAGUUCUGAUGAGGAAGACCUAGCAGACAUUCAAGAAGAAGAUGAAGAAGCCAUUGAAGAAGAUGGCAAACAAAGUAUACCUUUGCAGAAAGCAGAAAAGGUAGAUGCAAUAGAUAAUGCAUUAACAAGAAGGCAACGCCAUGAUUCUGUAGAAGACAGCAGUGAAAGUGAAAACUCACCUGUCCCAAGGAGAAAAAGACAAACGAGUGUUGGCUCUUCAAGCAGUGAUGAGUACAAACAAGAAGACAGUCAAGGAUCAGGCGACGAUGAAGACUUUAUUCGAAAACAGAUUAUAGAGAUGAGUGCUGAUGAGGAUGCCUCAGGUUCUGAAGAUGAAGAAUUUAUUAGGAAUCAGCUCAAAGAAAUCAGUGGUAAUGAAAGCCAAAAGAAAGAAGAAGUGAAAGGCAAAGUUAAAGGGACAGCAGGAAAACACAAAAGGCUAACUAGGAAAAGUAGCACAAGCUAUGAUGAGGAUCCUGGAAGACGUCAUUCAUGGCAUGAUGACGAUGAUGAGACUUUUGAUGAAAGCCCAGAACCAAAAUACAGGGAAAGCAAAAGUCAGGACAGUGAAGAGCUUGCUUUAACUGGUGGAAGUGGAGGUGGUGCCUUACGCCGUUUCAAAACAAUAGAACUGAAUAGUACAAUAACAAACAAAUAUUCUGAUGCAUCCGAACAACAGAAAGGUAUUUUGUAUUUUGAAGAGCCAGAAUUAGAGAUGGAGAGUCUUACAGAUUCACCAGAAGAUAGAUCGAGGGGAGAAGGGUCUUCUAGUCUGCAUGCCUCCAGUUUCACUCCAGGUACCUCUCCCACAUCAGUGUCUUCUCUCGAUGAGGACAGUGACAGCAGUCCCAGUCAUAAAAAAGUGGGAGGAGAAAGCAAACAGCAGCGCAAAGCCAGACAUAGGUCACAUGGCCCUCUCCUUCCAACUAUUGAAGACUCUUCAGAAGAGGAAGAGCUAAGAGAAGAGGAAGAGCUGUUAAAGGAACAAGAAAAACAGCGUGAAUUAGAACAGCAGCAAAGAAAGAGUUCAAGCAAAAAAUCUAAGAAAGACAAGGACGAAUUAAGAGCUCAGAGAAGAAGGGAGCGUCCAAAGACUCCACCAAGUAAUCUUUCUCCCAUUGAGGAUGCAUCUCCAACAGAAGAGUUACGACAGGCAGCAGAAAUGGAAGAGCUGCACCGAUCUUCCUGUUCUGAAUAUUCACCAAGUAUUGAAUCAGAUCCUGAAGGAUUUGAAAUCAGCCCAGAAAAAAUAAUAGAAGUGCAAAAGGUGUAUAAGUUACCCACAGCUGUCUCUUUAUACUCUCCAACAGAAGAACAACCAGUUAGGCUUUUAAAAGAAGAAGAUAAUCAAAAGACAUUAAGAAGUGCUGAAGAGAUGUAUGAAGAAAUGAUGCACAAAUCCCAUAAAUCCAAAUCAUUUCAAAGUACAAAUGAAAAAGACGAAGUGUUUGAAAAAGAAUCUUUAUAUGGUGGCAUGCUAAUAGAAGAUUAUAUUUAUGAAUCUUUAGUAGAGGACACAUAUAAUGGAACUAUUGAUGCUAAUCUCAUAACAAGACAAGAUGAGAGUAAUGAAUUUAUACAACAGAGAGGGAGGGAGAGAAAAAUAAGAUCUUCUGAUCAGAUUUAUGAAGAGCCUAUGCAGAAAAUUAAGGAUCUGCAGAAAGACUAUUAUAGUGUAGAGACUUUGCAUUCAAUUGUGCCACAGGAGGACAUUGUAUCUAGUUCUUACAUCAUUCCAGAAAGUCAUGAAAUAAUUGUCCUGGACAGUGUGGUAACUUCUGCCACUGAGGAAAAGCAGUUGUUAGAUGCAGAAGCAGCGUAUGAAGAGCUUAUGAAGCGACAAGGAAUGCAGCUGACCCCAGGCUCCAGUCCAACUCAGCCAACAUCAGAUUUAAUUCCUGGAUCAGAUACAAUGGGAUCUACAGUAAGAAAUACAGUGGACGGUGCCUCAUUAACAUUAAGCACUCCUUCAUCAGUUUCAGACAUGUCUUCAGUCAGCAGCACAGUACUUUCUAUUCCAGAUGUUAAGAUAACCCAGCACUUUACAGUAGAAAAUAUAGAAGAUGAAUACCUAACAGAUUAUGCCAGAGAAAUUCAAGAAAUAAUAUCUCAUGAAACUUCAAUAUUAACAUAUUCUGAGGCUUCAGAAAGUGGUACAUCUGUUUUGCCUUCUGAUACAGCUUCCCUAACAUCAUCUACAUCUUCAGUUUGUACCACUGAUAGCUCAUCACCCAUUCCUGGGAUAGACAGGACAGCCAUAGGUUUUAUAGAUACAAUGGAAGCUUUUAGUAAAUUAGCAGAUUCUGAAGGGAUCAGCUCAAUAACUCAAGUGCCCAUCAGCUCCACAAAAGAGUAUGCUGAAACAACCACACCUUAUGAACCUAUUGAUGUACCCUCUCAAAAGCCAGUGGUACGUGCAGGUCAUGUUGUGGAUCAUGUUGUAAUUUCCUUGCCUACAGCUGCACCUUCUGCAGUGACAAUAACAGAUAUAAAACUGAAGCAAUACACUUCUGACUCCACCACCCUUGAUUUAUCCAUACCACAGAAAGAAAGAGCUAGGGAAAUUAAGAGCAUAGAGAAGGGUGUUAUUACUAAAGUACUUUAUGAAGAUGUGCCCAAAGGAGUGGGUAUGGACAUGACAAGGAUUAACAUGGCUGAUGCUGCAUCUGACCAACCACCUAUAUGUAUAACAUCAAUUCCAGUAACACAGCCAGCACCAACCACACCUGUAUCCACUACUAGUGUUGUAACUAAGAUCAGCACUGUUUCUGCAUUACCAUCUGUGACUUCCUCAGCUCCCCCUGUGACAUCCAAAAUAUGUUACUCACAAAGUAUCUCACUUUUCAGAAGCUCUUCUUUAGAUUCUUCUGAACAACCAUUGCCACCACCUCUCCAUCCUCCUCCUCCCCCUCCCCCUCCCCCUCCUCCACCAUUGCCUCCACCUACUCCACCCAAACCAGCUAUUUAUCCCAAAAAGAAGACACAGGUUAAGUCUCCAGGGACAACAGCUCCAAUAGUUCUACCUUCUAUGGCUAGUGGUGCAACUGUAGAGGCCAUGGGUUUGUUAAAGAACCAUGUAGUACCUACUACAAAAAUAUAUACCCCUACACCACCUCCUGUGCCUCCCAAGCCAUCUUCAAUUCCAGCAGGGCUGGUAUUCAGUCAUAGAGCAGUUGAGGUAACUAAGCCUCCAAUUGCUCCUAAGCCAGCAGUUCCUCCUCUCCCAAUAGUAGUUCAUAAGCCAGCAGAAACACAGCCAAAGCCAAUAGGCUUGUCAUUAACCACUAGUAUGACUUUGAAUUUGGUUUCUUCAGCCGAGUGCAAGUUGACAUCCCCUACAUCCCCUUUAUCUCCUCACUCUAACAAGUCUUCACCAAGGCUGACGAAAUCCUUACAAGAAACCUAUGUAGUUAUCACGUUGCCAUCUGAACCUGGAACUCCUACAGAGUCUGUAACUAGCCAGGCUGUCACCAGCUGGCCUUUAGGCUCACCUUCUAAAGACCAGGUUCCCCAGGCUGUGAGGCCUCAACUUAUUCCAUCCAUAAAAGCUAUGGAAAUUCAAACUAUGGCAGAUCAGAAUUUGUAUGAUUCUGGUGCUUUGCAAACUUUUCCUGUUACAGCACAGUCGACUUUUGAAACUGCCCCUAGUUCAGUAACAGAAUUAAUAACAACAGCAGUUACCAAGACCGCCGUUUCUGUGGUUAAAGGCUCAGUGCCGAGUGUUGGAUUAGGCAGCGUCUCUAUUACUAUACCUCCAGAGCCAAUGCACAUGGUAGAGCAAACCAGGUAUACAGAGAAUGGAAGGUUCCAUCCAUUUGGUGAUGUUAUUGACCUUCGAACUUUAACAAAGAUGGAUAUUGAAAUGACAAACAGCUGUAUGGAUCUGUCUGCUGUUUCCAUGGAUGUGAGAAGGCAAGCAAUAGCAAGUGAUAUAUCUGGGCGGCCAGUAAGUGCUGUCCAGCCAGCUAUCAUAAAUCUUAGCACUGCAUCAACUGCAGAACCUUCUCUAGCUCUAGUCACUGAAACAGUAACUAUAAUGACUUGUACAGCUACUGUAAGCUACACUGCCAGUACAGAAAGCCUUGUGGAUCUGGGACAUGGAAUGACAACACCAUUGCAACUGACAACAUCAAAGCAUUUUGAGCCUGCACACAGAGUAACAGGCAGCCAGGCAUUCUCUGUAGGUAGAGAUGAAGUGCCAAUAAACUUAUCUUUAGGUACUUCAACACAUGCAGUGACAUGGGCUACAACAAAGCCUGUCACUGUCCCUCCUGUUGGUGUGACGAAUGGUUGGACUGAUGUCUCUGCUUCUCAGGAGCCAAUGGAGGAUGGAGCAGUUGAUCUUAGCACCACAAAAUCCCACAGAACAAUGGUGACAGCAGAUGAAGCUAUGUCAGGGGUUAUCACCACAGUAAUAGAAGAUGAUGAAAAACCUGUUGAUCUGACUGCAGGGAGAAGAGCUGUUUGCUGUGAUAUGGUUUAUAAAUUACCAUUUGGCAGGAGCUGUACGGCACAACAGCCUCCAACCACACUGCCUGAAGAUCGAUUUGGUUACAGAGAUGACCAUUAUCAGUAUGAUCGCUUGGGGUCGUAUAGUUACAGAGCAUUUGGGGGUAUGAAACCAUCCAUGUCUGAUACUAAUUUAUCAGAAGCUGGACUUUUUGCAUAUAAGAGCAAGAAUAGCUUUGAUUAUCGAGUUGGGGCAACAGAUGCAGCAGUAGAUCUAACUUCUGGAAGAGUAACUACAGGUGAGGUUAUGGAUUACUCAAGCAAGACCACUGGUCCUUAUCCAGAGACUCGACAAGUGAUUUCUGGCAUCGGGAUUAGUGCACCACAAUAUUCCCAAGCAAGAAUGGUACCUUCCCUGUAUGGUGUUGGAAGUGUUUUAAGAUCAUCAAAUGGUGUUGUUUAUUCCUCGGUUGCAACUCCAAUACCAUCCACAUUUGCCAUAACUACACAGCCUGGUUCUAUUUUCAGUACAACCGUCAGAGAUUUAUCUACUCUCCAGACAAUUGACUCAGUGUCCUCACUAUCAUCCUUGCAACAGAAUCAACCAGUUCCAAGAUCAUACAGUUUCUUGACAACAGUGGCAACUGAAAAAGACAGUGCAAUUGUUGGCAUUGAUAUUGACACAGGGUUGCAACCUCUCGCUAUAGAAACUAUUACUACCGAGACAACCAGCCUGAUGCCUACUUUAACUACUGCUUCUGAAGGUUUUACAGAUGUCAUUGAAGAUGAAGUUGCGCUUCUCGUUGCCCCUGAAGAAGAUAAACAGCAGCAGCUUGACUUGGAGCGUGAACUUCUUGAACUGGAGAAACUUAAGCAGCAGCGCUUUGCAGAGGAAUUAGAGUGGGAGCGUCAGGAAAUUCAAAGGUUUAGAGAACAAGAAAAGUUUAUGGUGCAAAAGAAGCUGGAGGAAUUGCAGUCCAUGAAGCACCAUCUCUUAUUCCAACAAGAGGAGGAGCGGCAAGCCCAGUUCAUGAUGAGACAGGAGACAUUAGCUCAACAGCAGUUACAGCUUGAGCAAAUCCAGCAACUUCAGCAACAGCUUCACCAGCAGCUGGAAGAGCAAAAGAUUCGCCAGAUAUAUCAAUAUAAUUAUGACCCUUCUGGAAAUGUCUCCCCACAAACAACCACAGAUCAAGUCCUUCUGGAAGGACAAUAUGCUGCUACAGAAAAUGGCCAGUUUUGGACUAGUGAUGACACGACCACAACAGCUUCAGCUGCGCUAGGCAUUGAAAUCCCACAAAGUCAGACAUGGUACACAGUUCAGUCAGAUGGCAUUGCCCAAUAUAUAUCUAGGCCUGGUAUGCUAAGCUCUGUUUCAGAAAUGUCUCUAAAGGAUAUUGAUGCAAGAGAGGAGAAACAACUGAAGAAGAGGAGCUCCAUGCCAAAGUUACGUGGUCAGUAUGAUGAGCUUGAUGAGACCCUAGAAGAAGAUCCCAGGUGUUUUAAAAAGAUCAUGGACAGUGGAGUACAAACUGAUGAUGAAGAUGGUGCAGACCGGGGCUACACAAACAGGAGAAGGAGGACAAAAAAGAGUGUUGAUACAAGUGUUCAGACGGAUGAUGAAGAUCAAGAAGAAUGGGAUCUUUCUAGCAGAUCAAGACGGAAGGCUCGUGUGGGGAAAUAUAAUGAGGGCACCCCUGAGGUAGACAAAAGCAAGCCAUUUUCCAAAGUGUCUAGCAUUGCGGUUCAGACAGUGGCAGAGAUCUCAGUACAAACAGAACCUGUAGGGACAAUACGAACCCCUUCAAUAAGAGCCAGAUUGGAUGCUAAGGUUGAAAUCAUAAAACACAUUUCAGCCCCAGAAAAGACAUAUACAGGAGAAAGUUUGGGGUGUCAAACAGAAACGGAUUCAGAUACACAAAGUCCCCAGUACUUGACAACCACAUCUCCUCAGAAGGACAAAAAGCGCCCAACACCACUAGAAAUAGGCUACUCAUCUCACCUGCGUGCAGACUCUACACUGCAAGUAGUCCCUUCCCCUCCCAAGUCUCCCAAAGUUCUCUAUUCACCCAUUUCACCAGUUUCACCAAGCAAAGUUAUAGAGUCAGCCUUUGUACCCUAUGAAAAACCCAUCACUGAUGACGUCAGCUCUCAGAAGAUACUGCAUGCUGAUAUUGCCAACGUUCCUCCACCCAGCCCAAAGUCAGCGAAGAUGAUGCAGCGUUCACUAUCUGAUCCUAAGCCCCUGAGUCCCACAGCAGAAGACAGUUCCAGAGCUCAGUUUCAAUACACUGAGGGUUUCAUGACUCAAGGCCCUUCAACUAUAACACCAUCAGGCACCCAGAAGAAGGUAAAGAGGACUCUGCCCAACCCACCUCCAGAAGAUGCAACAACAGGGACCCAGUCAGCAUACAGUACUGUGGGUUCAGUUUCCCGUAGAAGGAUUUGUAGGACCACCACAAUGGCCAGAGCCAAAAUUCUCCAGGAUAUAGACAGGGAGUUGGAUCUGGUAGAACGGGAAUCAGCCAAGCUUAGAAAGAAGCAAGCAGAGCUAGAUGAGGAAGAAAAAGAAAUAGAUGCCAAACUGAGAUACCUGGAAAUGGGUAUAAAUAGGAGAAAAGAAGCCUUGUUAAAGGAAAGAGAAAAGAGAGAGCGUGCCUAUCUCCAAGGGGUAGCAGAAGAACGGGACUACAUGUCAGACAGCGAAGUUAAUAAUACCAGAUCUACCAGAAUAGAAACUCAGCAUGGCUUGGAAAGACCACGAACAGCACCACAGACAGAAUUUAAUCAAUUUAUGCCACCUCAGACCCAGCCAGAAACUCAGUUUGCUCCUGCUACAAGCCCUUAUACACAGUACCAGUACUCUUCUCCUGCCCUGCCUACUCAAGCACCAACACAGUAUACACAACAGUCACAUUACCAGCAGCAGCAGCCGUUAUAUCAUCAGCAGGUUUCACCCUAUCAGACCCAGCCAGCUUUCCAGGCAGGAGCUACUCUAUCUUUUACUCCCCAAGCUCAGCCUCCACCAACCCAACAGGCAUCCUACCAGCUGCCUUCACAAAUGAUGGUGAUACCACAAAAGCCAAGGCAAGCUGCUUUAUAUUUGGAACCUAAGAUAACCACAAACUAUGAUGUGAUUCGCAAUCAGCCUCUCAUGAUAGCUCCUGUUUCAACUGACAAUACUUACGCAGUUUCCCAGCUGGGCAGCAAAUACAAUACUUUGGACUUAAGGAUAGGGCUGGAUGAGAGAAGUAGUAUGGCUAGCAGCCCUAUAUCGAGUAUAUCUGCAGAGUCAUUCUACGCAGACAUAGAUCAUCACCACACUCCACGAAAUUAUGUGUUGAUUGAUGAUAUCGGGGAACUUACAAAGGGCACAGGAACGCUCAGCUCUGCCUUUAGCCUCCACGAGAAAGAUCUUACAAAAACAGAUCGACUCCUUCGAACCACUGAAGCCAGGAGGGCGCAGGAAGUGACAGACUUCCUUGCACCGUUGCAGACUUCUUCAAGACUGCACACUUACGUUAAAGCUGAUGAAGACCCCAUGGAAGACCCUUAUGAGCUGAAGCUUUUAAAGCAUCAGAUCAAGCAGGAGUUCCGCAGAGGUGCAGAAAGUCUUGAUCACCUUGCUGGCCUUUCCCAGUAUUACCAUGCAGACACCAGUUACAGGCACUUCCCCAAAUCGGAGAAAUACAGCAUAAGCAGGCUUACCCUUGAGAAACAGGCUGCCAAGCAGCUCCCAGCAGCCCUCCUCUACCAGAAACAAUCGAAGCAUAAGAAAGCUUUGAUAGACCCCAAAUUAUCAAAGUUUUCACCUAUUCAAGAGAGCCGGGAUCUUGAGCCUGAUUAUUCAAGCUAUAUGACUUCCAGUACUUCAUCACUUGGGGGAAUAACCUCCAGAGCAAGGCUUCUUCAGGAUGAUAUCACCUUUGGCCUCCGAAAAAAUAUCACGGAUCAACAGAAAUUUUUGGGGCCAUCGCUGACAUCAUCCAUUGGAGCAAGCCUUGGGUCUGCGCUAGGUCCACCGAUGAGAUCCACAUUACAGGAUGAAGCAGAUAAGUCGUAUAGUAGUGGCAGUAGAUCAAGGCCAUCAUCCAGACCCUCCUCAGUCUAUGGACUUGAUUUAUCCUUAAAAAGAGAUUCCUCAAGCUCCUCUUUAAGAUUGAAAGCCCAAGAGGCUGAGCCACUAGAUGUUUCCUUUAGUCAUGCAGCACCUUCUGGAAGAACAAAACCAACUAGUCUGCCCAUUAGCCAAAGCAGGGGAAGAAUCCCAAUAGUAGCCCAGAACUCGGAGGAAGAGAGCCCAUUAAGUCCUGUUGGUCAGCCAAUGGGAAUGGCUAGAGCUGCCGCUGGCCCCUUGCCACCAAUAUCUGCAGAUACCAGAGACCAAUUUGGAUCAAGCCAUUCACUACCUGAGGUCCAGCAACAUAUGAGGGAAGAGUCACGGACUCGAGGCUAUGAUCGGGAUAUAGCAUUCAUCAUGGAUGAUUUCCAGCAUGCCAUGUCAGACAGCGAAGCCUAUCAUCUCCGUCGUGAAGAAACAGAUUGGUUUGACAAGCCCAGGGAGUCUCGUUUGGAGAAUGGACAUGGCCUUGACAGAAAACUGCCUGAGAAAUUAUCCCAUUCAAGACCACCAAGUCAACAUCAAGACCAAAUAAAUGGGAAGCCUCUUCAGUACAUUUUCCCUCAUGCAAGACUCAAGAUACUGAGAGACCCAAAGGAUCACACCGUUUCAGGCAAUGGACUGGGAAUCCGAGUUGUAGGUGGGAAAGAAAUCCCAGGAAACAGUGGAGAAAUUGGAGCUUACAUUGCUAAGAUCCUCCCUGGGGGCAGUGCAGAGCAGACAGGGAAGCUGAUGGAAGGAAUGCAGGUAUUGGAAUGGAAUGGCAUCCCCUUGACUGGGAAAACUUACGAAGAAGUCCAGAGUAUCAUUAGUCAACAAAGUGGGGAAGCAGAAAUAUGUGUAAGACUGGACCUCAACAUGCUCUCAGAUUCUGAGAAUCCCCAGCACCUGGAGCUGCAUGAUCCAGUAAAAGCUGUAGACAAGGCAAAGUCUCCAGGAGUUGAUCCGAAGCAGCUGGCUGCAGAACUCCAAAAGGUGUCUCUACAGCAGGCCCCGCUAGUUGCAUCCUCAGCAGUGGAGAAGGGAUCUCAUGCUCAUUCUGGCACAACUUCUGCCACCUCCAGUGCUGUUCCCAGCCCUGGCCAACCUGGUUCCCCUUCAGUGAGCAAAAAACGACACAGCAGCAAGCCCACUGAAGGCACAAAGUCCGCAUCCCAUCCAGUCACUGGAGAAAUUCAGCUUCAAGUCAACUAUGACAAGCACCUUGGCAAUCUUAUCAUCCACAUUCUUCAGGCAAGAAAUCUUGCUCCCCGAGACAACAAUGGCUAUUCUGACCCUUUUGUUAAAGUUUAUCUCCUUCCAGGGAGAGGACAAGUCAUGGUUGUCCAGAAUGCAAGUGCUGAGUACAAGCGGAGGACUAAAUACGUGCAGAAAAGCUUGAAUCCUGAAUGGAAUCAGACGGUCAUUUAUAAAAACAUCUCCAUGGAGCAGCUGAAGAAGAAGACACUGGAAGUGACUGUCUGGGAUUAUGAUAGAUUUUCCUCCAAUGACUUCCUUGGUGAAGUAUUGAUUGAGCUAUCCAGCACAUCUCAGCUUGACAACACCCCACGGUGGUACCUUCUGAAGGAACAGACCGAAAGCAUCGAUCAUGGGAAAUCCCAUUCUGGACAGAGUAGCCAGCAAUCACCAAAGCCAUCGGUCAUCAAAAGUAGAAGCCAUGGAAUCUUCCCAGAUCCGUCCAAGGACAUGCAGGUGCCCACCAUUGAAAAAUCCCACAGUAGUCCAGGGAGCUCCAAAUCUUCCUCUGAAGGACAUCUACGCUCUCAUGGACCAUCCCGCAGCCAAAGCAAAACCAGCGUCACUCAAACUCACCUUGAAGAUGCUGGGGCAGCAAUCGCCGCUGCUGAAGCAGCUGUCCAACAGCUUCGCCUCCAACCAACAGCACAUAAAAGCGGUCAGUCUAAUCAUGCCAGGAAGCAGCACAGACACAGCAUAGCAGGAGUCCUCCCAAUUCAAAGAACUCAGUCUGACAAUCUGCCUCCACCAGCCAAUGACAACAAAGACCAAAGCCAACUAGCCCUCAGGAAAGUGAUGUCAGAUGGACCAGUCAAGCCCGAAGGAGCAAGGCCUACCAAUCACCGACCUGCAGAGAGUUCUGUCUCCACUGGCUCGUCAGCCAGUAGCUUUGGCAGUGGAUACAGUGUGGAUAGUGAAGGAAGCAGCAGCAUAACAGGAGAAAAUAAUCUUUUUCCCAUUCCAAGAAUAGGGAAGAUGAGCCAGAAUGGACAAGACCCAGUAAAGCAGCCAGGAGUGGGAAUAACCGAUACAGAAGGUAAAACCCAGGUGAUGGGUGAAAUUAAGAUUGCAUUGAAGAAGGAGAUGAAGACUGAUGGAGAACAGCUGAUAGUAGAAAUCCUUCAAUGUAGAAACAUAACCUACAAAUUUAAAUCUCCAGAUCAUCUUCCAGAUCUUUAUGUGAAGCUGUAUGUUGUCAAUAUCUCUACUCAAAAGAGAGUAAUUAAGAAGAAAACACGGGUGUGCAGGCAUGACCGAGAACCUUCAUUCAAUGAGACUUUUAGAUUUAGCUUGAGUCCUGCUGGGCAUUCUCUUCAGAUUCUGCUCGUCUCCAAUGGAGGGAAGUUUAUGAAAAAGACCUUGAUUGGGGAAGCUUAUAUCUGGCUUGACAAAGUGGAUCUUAGGAAAAGAAUAGUAAACUGGCACAAACUGUUGGUCAGCUCCACACAAACACAUUGAGCAGUUCUGUCUGCUUAGGUCACAAAACCUUGCCGAGUCUGCUAUAAACAGCAUCACUCCAAGACUAUAGUUCGAUAUCAUUGUGUUUAGCUAGGCUUUCAGAAUACAAAGUGGGAAAGAGCAGGCUCUGGGCUACAUAGCACACUUAAAUGAGGGCUAGUAACUUAUUUUGCUGCAUGGCACAGCAAAGGAAAUAUCUGGGCCUAGAACUUAAAGUGAGGCUGUUUGCAAAGAAGACUGAUAAGAGGGCUCCGCGAUGCUGGACUCUUUGUGGCUGUCAAGAACAUAACUCUGAAAGAAAUAAUGAAAGCUUGAGGGGAAGGCAUUAAUGCACAGAGUUCAGCUGUAGCUGAAGGUAACGUGUCUGAGAGAGUAAUCUGGUGUUCUGUGCAACCAGAAGGAAAUCAUCUUAUGCAACAGCACCUAGGGUGAUUGACUUUCCAAAUCUCACUUUUCAGAAGUGUAAACCAUGUUCCUCUGCACCUUAGAAUCUCUGAUAAUUUGUUGUAGUGAGAUUGUGCCACAGGACCCAAACUGCAGGCUGUCUGCAGUGGUGGAAACAUUAUUUAACACUCUGUUUGUGUUUUUUGUUUUCCAAGGAGACUUUCUAUGGCUAAUGCAGUCAGAAUGAUUUCAUUUUUGUGUGUGUGUGUAUUAAUGCUGGAUGUAAGCUACCAUCCUGGAAUGUAAAGGGUUAAAAGCACAUUGAUGAACUAUUUUUUGGAGUGGAAAGAGAAGGGACAGGAUGGAAAUUGCACCAAAUGAAGGGGGAAAAAUAUAGUGAUUUUUAAAAAGAAAAUUAUUAACUACAAUUCAUUUUACCUAUGGGGUCAGCAGUUUAUAAAAGCA